AGUGAAUGAUUCGGAGUACUUGGCGGUGCGAGCAGAAAAAAGGUCAACAACUUAGUUUCCGUGUGUUUUUGACCAAGUGAGAGGAGCAACAUUCUAAACACACACAUCAAACACACACUGAACACAACACGGCGUACACAACUGUCCCACAGGAGACACAGAGCGCAGCUAAUCGGCUAAAGCUAGGAAGCUAAGCUAACAUAAAGUGUGUGGCCAUGACGACCGACUCGUGCCUCCUCAGCUCGGAGCUGGAGCUGCAGCAGGGGGAGGAGGAGCAGCAGCAGGAGGAGCAGCAGCAGCAGGACGACCUGUAUCAGCGGCUGCUCUUACAGACGAUGGGUCAAAUGCAGACUGAAAAUCCAGAUUCCAAAGUAAUCCGACCUCAACCUGGCAUGUGUGUGAAAACCAUCUCAGCGCCAGCGAAGCAGAAGGUCUUUGUCAACAUCUGUCAGUCAAACUCGGUCCCGCCUCCCCCAGAGAUCUCUAGAGAGGAGCUGGUGGAGCUCCUCCAAUCAGAAGAUCCCAGCGGCUACAGAGUUCCCAUGAGCCUCGGCGAGCCACACACAGAAGUCGACAACAACUCUCAGGGCUGCACAGCUUACGAUGUGGUCAUCAACCAGGAGUUCUUCCAGAUGUGUCAGAAGGAUCCUCUGUUCGAGCAGUUUGUGAUUCUGGUGUCUAUAGAGGGUCUGGAGAACAAAUACAACCUCGAGCUCAGUAGAGACUGGAAGGUGUUGAAGAACAGGAAGUUUUUGGGAUCUGUCGGUGAUCAGAACAUCCGCACAAAGAGCCGGCCGGUGAUUCAGGAGCUGCCGCCUCAUGGGAACUCCUCUGCUCCGGCCAAAAGACCAGACUUUACUUUGCUUGUGGAGCCUCCUGCUGGUGACCCCGAGUAUCUCAUCGCCGAAAUACAGCUACCGGGGGUGCCGUCGUCUCGCUCUCUGGUUCUGGACGUCGGAGAAGACCGACUGGUGCUAACAGCCCGGCCCUCGCUCUUCCAUCUGGACAUCUGCCACCCCUUCCUCGUGGACCAGGAGAACAGUGUGGCACAGUACAACAAGAGCACCGAGAUUCUGACAGUCACUCUGCCGGUGGUGUCAUCAUGAAACUGGAGAAACUUCUGUCAAGCUAUUUAUUUAUUUUUCUAUGUUAAAAAAUUAUGAAAUAAAA